GGAUGCGCGCAGCUUCCAUUAGAGGCAAGAUGAGACUGCACCUCCUCUCCAAUCAACUACCCCGCUUAACUUAGUAUUGCUUCUGUUCUCCCCCAGUAGUGGCCCUCCAUUGCACCAACACUCAGGAGUAUGCAGAUGUAUAAUGAAGAAGUAGCCUCCCAAGUGACGAAGCAAUCGGUCGAGUCCCCCCCAAGAAAGUGGAUGAAAGGCGACGGUGAGAAUGCUGUCGUUCUCCUACAGGACGAGUCCUCUUCCCCCGGUGCAGGAUCCAACACCUUCGGGACGCAAUCGCGUACGAAAGGAGGGGUCCUUGACACAACUUUAGAGGUUGACAUCGGAGGAAGCGAUGACGACGAAGCAGGGAGGAGUAAGCAUGGGGAAACCAGCAAUUCAGUCGAGAGCUGUGCCUCUCCCAGAUGGAUUCCACACGAAUAUUCGUGUUUCCUUCAAGACCUGCAUUCGACCGAUGCUAUCGCAACGGUCAUCCCGCUUGACGACAGUCACAUUGUGACUCUGACGACCAAUGCAUUUGCUCGCAUGUAUCGAUACGACACAUCGAGUCAGCAGUGGUUGAUGCAUACUAGCCAGUGCCUCCACCCCGAUGCGACAAUCCUCGACGCGGGUGCCCCGAUCGUUUUCCGUGAUAAUCUUGGUGCCCGCGUAAUGGUCCCGUAUUCACUGGACGAAGGUCAAUCAACCUACGAAACGACCACGCAUAUCGUGGAACUAUUACAGAGCGGCGACCAUGUUCAGAUCGGACAUGUAUGCGCAUCUUCCAACGCCCCUAUCGCAUGCAAUCGGGAGUGGGACGUAUUCUCGCUGAGAAACGGCCAACCCUGUCUCCAUGCGACGCGACUCUCCGAUGGGAAAACGAUUGUUUUCAGUAACGGUGGACAGCGCUGCAGCCGCCCAUUGGCUGCUGCAUUUAUGCAAGGCGCCCUAUGGGUGCUCAACUACGAAUUCGGCUACGCCGAGGUGUAUGUCGGUCUUGACGCAUGGGCCUCGCAAGAGCACAGCCCGGAGCCCAUCUGCGGUGCGGAAUUCGAGGAAGAUAUCCUCAACGCCCGUUUCGAGAUCGUCAAUGGACGCUCUCUCCUUGCAGUGCGAUUUGUGACGUGGAUCACGCUGUAUGAGCUCAAUGUAGUGAGCAACGACAAGUCCACUCCCCUGAAGGCACUUUGGACAUUCGAUUUUUCACCUAGGGAUGGUCUGGAAUAUCGCUACAUAUCGGCAUUUGCUAUCGCGGACGCUGGUGCCCAGCUCUUCUUCAUCGAUCAUAUACGACAUGCAGACAACAGUUCUCGUAUCAUGACUGUUCGUCCCCAUAUGAAACCUGGGGACGAGUCAUUCAUCUCCACUUUUUCGGAGGAGGCACAGGUUGCUGUGCAAGGGGGACCAGAGGAUAUUCUCAGGCACAUGAGUUAUAUGCAGUAUCAGGGAGGACGUCUCACCGUCGGCCGCAUGACCUCCUGCCUAUGGAUCACGGUUUCACUACAUUUCACUUCUAUGCCACGCGACCCAAUAACAUUGGAUAACCUGCCCCGAGACCAUCUUCACGUCCUUACGAUGAAGGACAUGAAGAAUAAUCGUAACUGGAUGUCAGAAUGGGUGCAGAAGACACGUGCGCUCCAGACCUCCCCUACCGAGGAUAUACUCUACUCCACUGCCGAUGACGCAGAGUCUGGCGAUCAGGAUAUCAUCACUGGUGCUGAGCUCAUCCCGUUCCUUUUCGCUUUCAACGCCCAGCCAUCAGGUCACAUCAACGUUCCUAUACAUCUCGCUUGUGUUUGCAUCACAUCUUACGCGAACUAUGCGAUCAUUCGAGCGAACUUUCCGGCCGGUCCAAAGUUCUUCCGUCUGGACUGCCAUUACGAGGAAGAUGAGAUCCACGAGCAGGUCGUGCUUCGUUUCUGGAAUCAGACAAGAUGGCAAGACUGUCUCAAUGAGGGACCGCCAGGAAGCUCUGACAACUCGCGCUGGCCCCUCGACCUCGAUGCCUUGUGCACUGAGGAAGCAGCGGAGCGUGAGAGACAGGAGACAUGUGUGGCGUUGGACAAUCAGGAAGGCGACUCUAAACCAAGCCUGGACUUGUUGAAUGCUUGGCGCCGCCUCGGAUUCACAGCCCCGACUAUGACGGCAAUGUAA